AUGUCUUCUCCCGUCGACAGCUCCGUCUUCCUCUCCCUCGCCCCCACCACUUCGUCCUCGUACCCUUUCAAGGCCCAGCAGACCGCCGCCGCCGUCACCGAGCCGGCUCCCCUCAAGCGCCGCACCUCGAGCGUCAGCAGCGACGCCAGCAAGAACGGCGCCGCCAGCGGCCUGCGCUUCCUCAAGCUCGGCCCCGUCCACUACGGCGAGCACCCCGACGAGCACAAGUCGGACUGGCACCCUGCCCUCCUGGGCUGA